AUGAAUCAAAACGAUUUAUUUCUUAUUGAAGGGCUAAAAUUUUAGAGGAAUAACAAAUAAGAAAUCUUUUUGAUUCCUUAUGGAAAUGGAUUAAAGAUGAUUGUAAGUAUUAAAUUAAUUUAGAACACUCUCAAUCAUUCUUUGUUAUUAAACAUAGAUUUUUGUGAUGAAGGAGUAAUUUUUGAUUGGAGUGCUUACAAAGGUAACAAAGGCAAUGAGAAUUUGUAUUUCAUGGUACAUUUUCAUGGAUAGUAAUUCAAAGUUUUUGGAACUCCAAAUUAAUUAGAUUCGAUGUAUGAAUUUUCUGCAGGAAAAUUCAUUUUCAAAAGGAACGAUAUUUAUUCUUUAGAUUCUAUAAAUGAGUCUAUGUCCGCAUAUCAAGUAUAUAUAAGUUCUAUAACAAGUUAUUGACAAUAAUUAAUAGACUUAAUGGUAAAAAAUAUAUUGAAAAAAGAAUUAAUUAAAUAUACUCUUAAUAAAUAUCCAAUUCAAGUAUCACAGAUUUUGGAUACGAAAAAGUACCUGAAGAGAUACGAGUCAUCCAACUAUUAAACAUCCGACGGUGUCCUUACAUCAUGAAAAUAGAUUAACUCACUUAUGACGGAGAAUGCUAUUCGAUUAUUUAUUAAAGUUCAAAUUAAAUAUCUCUAAGACAAAUAUUGAGAAAAUACAAGAAUCCACCAGUAUCCUUUAUAAUUGAAAUCCUAGAAUAACUCCUAUUAGGUAUUAAGUAUUCAUAAGUUAGUGUUAAACAUAUUUGAGGAGCUAAAAAUAAUUCAUAAUGGAAUUACUUUGGACAAUAUCUGUUAUUCUCAAGAAUUCAAUUUAAUAUUUUUGUGUAAUUUCUCAUUUUCAAUAUUUGAAACUCACAACCAAUAAUAAAUGUAUUAUUAAUCUAAAUUUUAGAAAAGGUAACUCGAUUGGGUUCGUUCCACCAGAGCAAUAUCAAAUUAAUUAGCGAAUCUCCACUUCAGCCAACAUAUAUUAAUUAGGAGUUCUUUUAUACUAUAUGUAUGUAUAACUAACUAUAUUAGGCUAUUUAAUGAAAACCCAUUUGGAAAAGAUUAAAAAAAUAUAUUCUUCAAUAAUAUUGCUGGAAAAUAUUAAAUUCCAAGUACAAAAUAGGAUAAGAAUAUUGUUGAAAUAAUGAAAUCUAUGCUUCAAAAGAAUCCAUAGAAAAGAAAAACCUCAAAGGAAUAUUUGACGUCAAAGAUUUUUAUGCCAUCCUAUCGAUCAAAGAUUUCAAAACAUAGUUUCUUUACUUUUUUUUAAGAAAACUUUAAAUAAAAAAUUGAUGAAUAUGAGGUUGGGGAUGAUCUUAUCUAUGUUUAAAGUGUGAAAUCAUUGUAAAUAAAUAAAGGGAUUAAGAAAUGA